UAGUGAUAAGGUAUCAGACAGCAGAAUACUGUGGUGAAUUUUUUCAUUUAUCGUGGGUUUUCUUCCCUCUCUUCUCCUCUAGUUUUAAUGAUAUUCUUUUCUGUACCCACCAAAUCUUCCAAACUAUUAAACAGUGCGAUUCUUGUGUAUACUAAUCAUUUUAUGUGACUUUGAAUAGUCGAACAGUCUCCAAGGUGUAAGCAAAUUCGGGAUUUCUUCAGGGAGAGUUUCUUAGUUUCAUUCUACACUUAAAUUGAAUAAUUCCUAACUCAGCAUUAACCGUCAAUGAGUUUUCAAGCUUGCAAAAGGCUUUUAAGCCGCCAAUUUCAGGCGAGACUACAUGAUGUUGUCUCUGGAUACCAUCAAAACAAAUUCAAUGCACCAUUACUGGCAUACAGACAGUCAUUCACACCAAACCUCACUGUCACUAGAAAUAUGUUCAUUCAAACGCAAGAGACCCCUAACCCAAAUAGUUUGAAAUUUCUUCCCGGAACAAAGGUGCUAGAAGAGGGUCAAACGAUCGAUUUUCCAAAUGGCACCACCGCCUACUGCUCACCCUUAGGGAAAUUGCUUUUUCGCAUCGACGGUGUCAAAUCAGUCUUUUUUGGUCCAGAUUUUAUAACCAUCACCAAACACGAUGAAGAUAUAGAAUGGAAGAUUUUGAAACCUGAAAUAUUCGCAACAAUCAUGGAUUUCUUUGCCAGUGGACUACCAGUUCUCACAGAUGCUCAACCUUCUGCAGACACCCAAAUCAACCCUGAUGAUGAUGAGACUGUAGCAAUGAUCAAGGAACUAUUAGAUACAAGAAUCCGACCAACAGUACAAGAAGAUGGUGGAGACAUUAUAUUUGUGAGUUUUUCAGAUGGAAUUGUGAAACUGAAAAUGCAAGGCUCAUGCACAAGCUGCCCGAGUUCAGUGGUGACACUGAAAAAUGGUGUGCAGAAUAUGUUACAGUUCUACAUUCCUGAGGUCGUAGCAGUGGAGCAAAUUGAGGAUGAAGCCCAGAUGCUAUCUAAAGCAGAGUUUGAAAAGUUAGACAAAAAAUUAAAAGAAAAAGAUGACACUUAGAACAAUGUCCGUUAAUUUUUUCUCUCUUUUUUAGGUGGUUGCAGUUGAGCAAGUUGAAGAUGAAAUGGAGAUAAGAACAAAAGCUGAAUAUGAUAAAGUAAAUCAAAAGUUAAAUGAUAAUGAAACAACUUAGGAAAA